CUUAUAUCAACAAACUGUGAAUUGUGAAUUGCGACAUAACAGAAACCUCUUCAGUUUUUGCUCACAGGUAUUAAUUGUGUCGUAAAGAAUGGCUUACGAAAACGCAAAUGACUAUGAUUACAGACUGGUCAAUGAUGAAACUGGUCUUAAGGAUGCGAUCUCUGAGCUCAAAGGGAAAAUAGCUGAACGGAACACCCUUUUAGCCGUCGAUUGUGAGGGGGAUUCGUUGAGCAGGAAGGGAGCGCUUACCAUCAUCACAGUAGCAACUGAGGAGAAAGCCUACAUAUUCGAUGUGUUGAAAUUAGGACAACUCGUAUUCAGCAGUGGACUUGGUGAAAUUCUUGAAGACAAAUCUCGUGAGAAGUUGACGUUUGAUUGCCGACAAGAUUCCGACGCGCUUUGGCAUCAGUUUAAGGUCAAACUAAGCGGAGUCUUGGAUCUUCAGCUGCUUGAAGUCAUCUAUCGCCGAGAAAACCCCGCGGCCGAUUCCACCGUAAAUACUCCAAGGUUUUCCACCACAAACAAACGUGGUGGUCGUCGCAACCGCCGCAGCCAGAGAACAGAUGAAGUAGAGAAGAUAUAUGGUUUUGGUCGUUGCAUCGAGUUGUACCUCCAGGAUGAAAAGUUGGUCAAAAUGAAGGACAAAGGGAAAGAGCUGUUAAAGGAAGACAACGAAGUCUGGACAAAGAGACCCCUGACGGAUGAUCUUAUCCAGUACUGUAUUGUGGAUACCAUGGCGAUGUUCAGGUUGUACAGCAAGAUGAAGGAUGUCAAUGGUGGAGAACAGGCUCGUCUGCGAGUUGCAUCCGAGAAGUAUGUUGAUCUGUAUCGAGGAAAGACAGAAAGGUCUUUCGAUGACUAUGAAACAAACGCGUAUCUUCCACUUGACAUAAUUCCUGAUAAAGGAACUCUAGAUUUUCCUGCCGCUAACACUGAAUGUACGCGCUGCCAUCGACGAUUUCCACGAGAAGAAUUCAGCAUAACACAGCUGGGAAAAGGAGAACAGAAAUGCAGGGUAUGUAAGGAAAUAAAGCGCCUGGAGGAUGUACAACAGAACAGAGUCGAUAAUUGGGAACGCGCCGCCCAGGAAGAAGAAGAAUAUGUCUAUAUUCCUGAAGGCAUGUCUGAUUACGCGUGGGUUCAUGGCCAUGAACCCUGGGAGAACUCUGAUGACGACAACCCUUAUUACUGGUAAAGCCUAAUACAUUACACGGCAACAGAGAGAAUCAUUGGAAUGACUUUAAAAGUAAUGACUUUGAAAGUGAAAGUAGGGAAUCAUGGUAGUUUUGUGCAAUAUCUUGAAGAUGUCCUCGCGUUACGAAAAUAACUACCAUGAUUCCCUGCGCGCAGGUCUGUCAUAGAGGGAAUGGCCCAUUGGUGAGAUAGGUUAUGUAUUUUACUAUAGAUGUAGGGGUGGCUAUCGGUAAUCUUACCCAAAUAAGCUUACUAGAUUUAUAGCCAUUUAGAAACACCAGAAAGUAUAACUCGUCUAAAUAACGAAAGAGAAACAUAAGCUAAGCCAUUAUCAUUUAAAGUCUUUUCUUCACAUGGCGGUUAGAACAAUUUUUGAUGUAUUGUCAUAUACUGUCUAUCAGCUGAAAUCGUAACGCAAUCGCCAAAAUCAUAAAGUCAAGUUGAUCUUAUACAACGUCCGAAGCGAAUGGCUGUGGUUGGGAUUCGAGUUACCUUUUGCCUCUGUUUCAAAACGAGUCCUAGUGCAAAACCUGUCGUAAGAAAUGAGUUUGAUCUGCAUGAAAAUGAACCUGUAGGCAGAACACAUUUUCAUAUGAAUGGUUUCACACAAAGACUCGUUUUGACACCGAGGUAAACCAAUUCGGAAAUGGCUUGUCCGCUUCCUUUAGGAGCGCGGAGCUUGUCCCUUGACGGGGGUUGAACGUUUUAUCCCUGGCAUUAUUUUCUGUGAUUUAUCCUCCUAAUAACUUCGUUUUACCCGUCAUUUGUUUAUACAGACAAAGUAAGUUUCGAGGGGCUGCGAAAACACUCGGCUCCUUAUUCUCCUAAGGCCCCAGUUAUAUGGUCGUCGGGUACCCGAGAUAACUCUCCCCAUGAAGCAACUUUAUCGAGCGUUUAUAUGUGAAAACGUUGUCUCUGUAGUCCGAGUCAAAGUUGACCCCGCAUGGUUAUUAAUAACCCUGAUUGAAUAAUCAAAUGUGCAAAUAUCCCUCUUUCUUUGAGCUUUUCUCGGUCAUUCGAUCAAAGUGAGUUUUGCGGGGUUAAUUUUCACUUCUUUGAUACGAAUUUCUGCUUUAAAUCCUAAAUCUAGACAUUUCGUGACACUCGCCACGCCGAGAAUUGUCUCGGUUAGGGGAGCCAAAGUGAUUAUAUGAAGAAAAGUUGUCUCGUCUGCCAGUGUUACCCUAGCGGCCGAGGCGAGGCAACUCGCCCACCCGAGUUGUCUCGCCCCCCUGAGCCGGGUUCGCGAUCCUCUUGUAAACGGCUGGUUG